UGGCACUAAAGGGGUUGACACCACUUGGCAUGAUGCUGGACGACAGCCCUUAUUCAUUGUCAGAGGGGCUGCUAUUCACAAUGGAGAAAACGAUGAAAUGCUGCCAUUAUAAUGGGGACCAAAGGCCCGGUGGCAGCCCGACACCUGAUCUCCUCUUUGGCUCCGGCUUCCUUUUGUCCCAGCAUUUCAUAUCUGACAUAUCCACACACCCUAAAAAAAGCAGUAGAUGCUGGAGCAGCGAUGGACCUGAGGCUUGGCGUUUGUGCACUCGGACAUGGGGAAUAAACAGACCAUCUUCACAGCACAGCAGCUCGAUUCCUAUCAGACUGUUUGACCGCUAUCGGGAUUUGGCGCCGCAGCUCGUUCCCCUCGACUACACUUGCCAGCCAGAUGUGAAGCUACCAUAUGAGCUGAUUGGCAGCAUGCCAGAGCUGAAGGACAACCCGUUUCGUCAGAGGAUCGCUGAGGUUUUCUCUGACGACGGAGAGGGAAACAUGACCCUGGACGACUUCUUGGACAUGUUUUCAGUCCUGAGCGAGAUGGCCCCGCGUGACCUCAAGGCCUACUACGCUUUCAAAAUAUAUGAUUUCAACAAUGAUGACUUUCUCUGCAAGUCCGACCUGGAGAAGACUCUGAACAAACUGACCCGUAACGAGCUGACGGAGGACGAGGUGAGGAUGGUGUGUGAGAAGGUGAUCGAUGAGUCGGACCUGGACAACGACGGACGGCUGUCCCUGGAGGACUUCCAGACCAUGAUCGUCCGAGCUCCAGACUUUCUGAGGUAGG